UGUGAGGAAGAGGACAUGAUCGAGACAGACCGUGAGGUAGGACUGUCCUUGAGGAGUGAGUCAUUAGGCGCAUCACGGGAAGGUGUGUCAUCGCCAGUCUGUAUUGUCUUUCCCACAAUAACAUUUGGAUUUGAGUCUCGCAGGCGUGUUGCUCCUCUCUCCACCAUGUUCUCCUCGGGCCCUAACUACACCAAGCUGAAGACCAACCUGCGGCUCAGCAUCAACAGACUCAAGCUGCUGGAGAAGAAGAAGACUGAGUUAGCGCAGAAAGCGAGGAAGGAGAUUGCUGACUAUCUAUCCACGGGCAAGACAGAGCGUGCCAAGAUUCGAGUGGAACACAUUAUUCGUGAGGACUACUUAGUGGAGGCCAUGGAGGUCACAGAGAUGUAUUGUGACCUCUUGCUGGCUCGAUAUGGUCUUAUCCAGCAAAUGAAAGACUUGGAUGAGGGACUGGCAGAGGCUGUCUCAUCUCUCAUCUGGGCUGCUCCAAGGCUUCAGACAGAUGUGGCUGAGCUGAAGGUUAUUGCUGACCAACUAACUCUCAAGUUUGGCAAACCUUAUGGCCAGGCAUGUCGUGAACAGCAGGUGACCACCAUCAGUGAGCGACUCAUCCACAAGCUGAGUGUGCAGGCGCCGCCAAAAGUGCUGGUGGAAAAGUACCUGAUAGAGAUUGCCAAAAACUACAAUGUGGAGUAUGAACCUGACCCUCAAGUGAUGCGGGAAGAUGAGUGGGGCAAGGACCCUCUCAUCAGUCUGGAUGAAAAGAACAACCUUGGCAAUGAUGGAGCAGGAGGUGGAGGUGGAGGGGGUGGAGUGAACAUUCCCCCUGCAGCAGGGUUCAUAGGCUACCCUCCUCAGCCCAUGCCCCAGCAGCCCUUUGCUUACCCUGCAUCGGUGCUGUUUCCAACCCAAAUGCCUCAUGAGGCUCCAGCGUUGCCUGCCAAACAACCACUGCCAGAACCACAGUCAUCUUGGGAAUCUCCCCUGUCUCCUGCCUCAGCUCUGCAGCCCUCUUGUGAAGGCUCAAGAGUGUUGGUUGGAGUAAGGGUGCCUUCUAUCCUGCUCACCAACCCACAGUCCCUAACCAACUGCUUUGAAGAGUUCAAGGAGGUUGUGGCAUGUCAUAACCCAGAUAUUAUUGUAGUCAGUGAAACGUGGUUUAGUGAAACACGUCCAGCUGUGCAGCACAACCUUGCUGGCUACAAGCUGUUUCAUGAUGAUCGGGUGGGACGGGGGGGUGGAGUAGCUGUGUAUGCACGGGAGAGCCUCAACCCACAGGAGGUGCAUCUGAAGGCACCCCCUGAGCUGGAGUGUGUGUGGGUGGCAGUGGAUGGGGGAAUGGUGGUGUGUGGCCUGUAUCAUGCUCCCCGUGCCCCUACUGGACCUGCCCUCAUGGACCAAAUUGUCAAUUCUGUGGUAGACAUCCGAAGUCGCAGCCCGUCGAUGAUGUUUGCUGUGGCUGGAGACUUCAAUAACUUGCCACAUAAUCGUCUGUGUGCCUGCUUGAAUCUGACCAACCUAGUGCAGGAGCCAACACACCUCAACUCCACCAUUGAUCUAGUUCUUACAGACACUGCAGAGGCUUUUGACCAACCAAGGCUGCUGCCACCCAUUGGCCGCAGCCAGCACAGCUGUGUGCUGGUGACUCCUAAAACCCACCAGGGUGCAGGAGUCAUGGACCUCAACUUACCCAAUGUCCCUGGACAGCCAGUCCAUCCCCAACCAGGGAUGGCUGCAGGUGGCUUUAAUAUCCCUCCCUGUGGUCCACCACCACCUGCUGAUGCUUCUGCUGAUGUUCUUCCUGAGAAGAUCAGUAAUAACAUGCAGGAUUUUAGUGGGACUGGGCAGUGGAAUGACCCAAUGGGAAUGAAGAAUUCCCCACCUCCUUAUUCAUCCAUCCCACCCAUGGGCCACACCAGCAACACUAUCCCUACCCCCAAUGCUCCAUACCCCAGCAUGCCUUAUGCUGGCGGCCAGCAGGGGCCCCGCCCUCAGUUCCCUCCUGAUGUUCUCACGGGAGGAGAAAACCUCAAGGAUGGGGAGCAACCUAAGCCAGCACCACGCUCCAAGUUUGGAGAGGGUGGGUCAGACUUCACUAUGCCUGACCUACCCAGUGUUCCUGAUCUCCCAGGCACAGCUACCCUGCCAGACCCACAGGAGAAUAAGGAUGACAUAGACUUCGAUGACCUCACCAAAAGAUUUGAAGAUCUCAAGAAGAAGAAGUAAAGAACAAAGGCAGUGCUGUUUCAUGCUGGGCAAAAUCUGCAUCUCUCAGACACACAUACACACUUAAACAUGUUAGAUAAGCUGUGAAUAGUCAUGGACAGUUGGGGCUGUUAAAACUAAAUGACUUUGUGAUAGACAUUUUUUAGGGUAUGAAUGUGUAUAAAUUAUAAUUAUAUAUAUAUAUAUAUAUAUAUAUAUAUAUAUAUAUAUAUAUAUAUAUAUAUAUAUAUAUAUAUAUAUAUAUAUAUAUAUAUAUAUAUAUAUAUACUAAAAAUAUUUAAUGUCAUGAUCCUAUUAUUAACUUUCUUCUAAAUAUUUAGUAUAUGAUGAUUUUUAAAAGAACUUUGAAGCACUUUUCUAGGAUGUGCUUUUACUACCAUAUAUUUUGGCACAUAAGACAACUUUCAGAUAAGACAACCCUAAAAUUUCAGUCUGAAUUUAAUGGUUUUAGCUGAUAUUGGUGGUAUAAGACAACACCCAAACUACCAAACCAUCUGUGGUGAAAUUUAGGUCAGUGAGCACCAGACAACUGAGAUAGUGAUAUACGAGUACAGUGAAUAAAAUACCUUGAAUGUAUUACCAGUAAUAAGGUACCAUCAUAUUCAAGUGCAAAACUAAACCUAAAAUAAAAUUCCCACCAGGUGUUUUUGUACAUUUUCAUGAAAAGGAUAGAUGGACAAAGAUGGUGUAAAAAUAUGUGUGGUAUGAUCAGUUUUCCUAAACAUAGACAAACCUUUCACCUUUCACUGCCUGCGUGUAUUAGGCUGUUGGCCAUAAUCUUUUUCUUUAUAUUAUGUUUUGAUUAGAUACACCAACAUUCUUGAAUUUUUUUCUCAGUACAUGGACUUCAUCCCUUUACAACAUUGCAAACUGAAGAGAUUCUUCAUCUCCUCAGUUUGCUUUCUUUUGCUGCUUGACUUGGGGUUCCAUGCUUUGAAGACUUUCAUAUAGUUGCUUCUCCAACUUUAGGAAAACUGGGGAAUAUUUGCACAGCCUCCUGCUUUGUCCGUUAGUAUACAAUGCCAGCAGAGGAUUAUAGUUGUACUACAUUAAAUUUUCUUUAUACACUUUUCAGUGGGAUUAUGUUUCAUUGCAUUUUCUAAAAACGGAUUCCCAAAAGUUGUAAUAUAAGGUUGUUGCUUAUUUACGAUGGUAUUUUACAUAAAACUUUAAGGUCAUUGUUUUUCUAUCCGAUGUAUAGGACAACCUAGCUUUUUGUGUCUUUUUAAGAUGAUUCAAGUGUCGUCUUAUAUGCCAAAAUAUAUAUAUGUGUGUGUGUGUGUGUGUGUGUGUGUGUGUGUGUGUAUAUAUAUAUAUAUAUAUAUAUAUAUAUAUAUAUAUAUAUAUAUAUAUAUAUAUAUAUAUAUAUAUAUAUAUAUAUAUAUAUAUAUAUAUAUAUAUAUAUAUAUAUAUAUAUAUAUAUAUAUAUAUAGACACACACACACACACACACACACACACACAUACAGUGGUGAUUUGAUUAUGGUGCUGCUAUCCUGUCGCAUAUGUCUGAUCUUAACUAAGGCACAAGGUUAUACUUUACAAAAACACCUGAUUUAUUAAUUGUUAACAUUAGUGUCAUGGCAGUGUGCAUGAUUGAACAUGUUUGUAGAUUCAUUUACCAUUCAGAAAGUUCACUUUGUUUUGCAAUACAUGUGAGGUGAACCCCGACAAUGGGAGCAUUUGUUUUAGGGCUAUACAGUUGAUGUCAAAGAUGAUGCACCAUGGGGAAAAUGAACAUCAUGCAGUUAUUCCUAUCCUUAAAUUCUACAUAAUUUCAAAUAUAUCUGUUAAUCAAUAUUUUAUUGGGUUUCCAAGUCUCCUAAGACAUUCCUGCAAGUAAUGAGGCUCAGAAUCAGCUAAUGUAUGCGUAAACUCAACUAAUGUUCAUUCCUUGCUAUAUAUAGCCAACAUUACAGAUCCCACAAAUCAACCCUAUAACUGUUUUGAUAAUGUAUUGUAAGGCAUGUUGUAUGCCUGAAAUUAAUUAUAAAAAAAAUUUAUUAUAUUUUUGUGAAAAAAAUGUCAAAUAUGAGCUUUCAGCAAAGUCCAUAACGACACAUCAAGAAUUAAUAUUUCUGGUGGUGUAGCAUCUACAGUCCUAAUGCAAACCCUCCCAUUGCUGUUCUGAUGAGAUGUACAGACACCAAAGUAUUAUGGAAAGUAGGAGAACAAAGGCUUAUUUCACUUCAUGUUCAGAUGAUUUUUCAGUAUAUUUAUGUAGUUGUCAAAUUGUACAGUAAUUUGAAAUACAGCAAUAAUUUUUUUUAUUUUGUUUACAAUUCAUAAAUGACUAUCGAGGAGCUGACAGUAAAUAUAACGAAGCAAAUUAUUAAGAUAAGGGAGACUGGCUAGUUUUAACUACUGCUGAUGGUUUGGAAGAAUAAUGCUACCUUAUCUCUUGUGCCAUGUAAAAGCCAACUGAAAUUUGGAGAGUGAGGGGACAGAUUCCUUAUUUUUAAUCUCCACAGUGAGACAAGAUCUGGACUACCUCUAUCUUUUCAGGGGAGAUCUCAGCUUCAUACAUACAGGUAUAUACAUCUAUACGAGAUAGAAGGCUGAGAUCACCCAUAAAGUGAGGAUAUAAUACAGAGAAAAUUAUCCCAAUCCUCUCUGUUUCUUUUAGUUGUCUUUUACAAUGCACUGGGAAUACCAUGGGAAUAUUCUUUCAACCUGGUUCUGGAGUGUGUGGCCAGGUUACCCCCUUUCCCACUGAGGUUAGUUAAUGUUAAAUGUUGUAGCGAAUACAGUGAAAUCAGAGAUUUUAUGGUGUUUCAUGAAGCAAAUGGUUGUGAACCGUCCAGAAUUUUACACUUCAGGUCAUGAUGAUGCAUAAGUAACCAUAGAGUAUCACCUCACAAGUUUUCAAAGAAAGAACAACAGAUGUGAUUUUUGUUGUUGAGUGAGGUGAAACACUUCACUCAUUUUAAUGUGUGGAAAGAAAGGAUGGUGGAUGAACUUGGUAUUUUUCAGGAGUGAGCUGAAAGGGAACAUUUGAAGAGAAAAGUCAGUCAGUGCUGACAGAUAUAUCUUGUUCUGAAAUACCUGAUAGACACAGUAGCUCCACUGGCACUUGGUGACAAGUGAUGCAAACUAUCUCUCCACUUUGUGUUAAAAGUAAUGCACACUAUUGCUGGACCUUCAGGAUAGUAGUAGUAGUAGUCUCCUGCUUCAUGGAUGACUGAGGUGAGAUUAGUGGUGAUGAUGCACAUAGUUACUCUUUUCUGGUCAAAACCUCUUCUGAAUGAACAUAGCUUGUGUAUGAGUAAAACUUGAGUGUUAAUGUGCAUACCUCUGUUGAAGUACAUGUGAUAAUAUUUUAAUCAGGGUCAGAAGAAACCUGAGGUGUGAAUCAGGACUAACUCUGCUUCAUUUACUAUAGACAAAGAUCCACCAGUGUUUGUGAUGGAUUACUGCUAUUGUACCAUCCCAUAUUAUUUAAUUUGAUUUGCAAGGUCAUACAAUUAAAACAAUAAAGUGAUUCGGCACCUUUUUAAUGUAUGAGCAACUUAAAGUAGUCAGUACAAUGAAAUGUACACUUUUUUUUAUCUUAUUUAACUUUAAUAAAUGCAUCAUAGAUAGGGACAGGUAAGAUGAUGGAAACAAUUUGUGCUAGGUACUCAGACUGAUGUAAUCAAACAGCAGAAUCUAUUCUCUCAGUUCUGUUGACAUUUAACAGAUGAAUUGAUAAGCUGAGCUUGCAUUUAGCAUUGAUCAUACAUAACUAACAUUAAUUUUGAAAACCCAUACUUCAAUGCAAUUGUGGUUAGCAAGUUCUUGGGAAUUAAUAUUGCUUGACCAAAUGCAUCUCACAUCUGACCAAAAAUAUGCUUGAGGUCUAAUUAUUCAAGUAGCUUAUGGUGUAAUUGCCUUUCUAGUUUUGUACUGGCACAUGUCUACACCUCAUGAAUCCAUGUAUCUUAUACUAUACAACAUACGAAGAAAACUGCAAGUCUGUCAAAUUUGCAAGAUGUUUACAUUCAACUAACUUUAAAUGCUGAGUCUACUAUAACUUUGUUUUCCUAAAGAAAACCAAAAACCAAAGUUGUAUUAAUGCAAAUGCAGGUGAGCUUUGCAUGGCUUGGACAGCUGGCAACUUAUGAAUAAGGAAGAAUGACAUAGUUACAUAGAUACAGUUACAUACAUGCUGAAUUAUAUUCACAGAAAUUUCUGAGCUAUGAGCACAGCAAAUACCAAGUGUGUUAAUGGGGUUAAGGAAGAAAGGAGGAUUUAGUGCCGCUUGGUUGCCAGUGUAAAUCUUGUGCCUUUGUUUAUAUCAUAAGGUGAACCUUAUACAUGCAGUGAACCUUUUAUACAGUAAAAUAUUAUUCUUGUUUGUGCUUCAGUUAUGAAACAAGGUGAGACCUUCAUCCAGAAUUCCAAAAUUUCAAAAUCUCAGAAAAUUUUAUUUUUCUUUAUAUCUUUAAUUUCAUAUUUUCUUGCCAGUUUGACUGUAUAUCAGAAUUUUCAUUGACAUAUUUUACUUGCAACAUGUAUGGUAUUUUUAGUUUAUGGUAGGCUUUCUGGAACUCUACCAUAAGGAAAGGUGUGUUUGUGUGUUUUCUGAAUGUCCAGAAAAAUGUGAAAUCUGGAACACUUUUGAUCCCAAGCAUUCUGGAUAAAGUAUUCUGAGCCUGUAUUCAUUAAAUUGUUCAGAAUCAGUCAUCAGGGUAUUGAGAAGGUUAUACAAUAUUUUUUUUGUGUAAAAAGUUGUGUGUGAAAAAAACAGUUCAUGUUCCUACCAGUGACCUUGAUUUGGAGAUGGAUAAACUUAAGCAAGAUUGUUUAGGAUAAUAAUCCUUAUCUAAUAGAGUCCAUUUAUUUCAAUGUGUAGCCAAUCCUUACUCUUCCAUUGUAGCAUAAGAACAACAUUCUUAACUUUAGAUAAUAUAUAAUACAAUGUUAAUACCUUUUUAUGCGUAGCGUCCUCAGACACUAGUUAACUUCACCUUAUUGUGUAAGGAAGUGGUCUAAUUCCUACUAAUAUUAAUUUACAAAUGCAUCUCCACAGUACUAUCUGGUGUCAGAACUAGACACUAUAAUUGUUUUAAUGCAAAUGGAAACUACAAAUUCAAAACAUUACCUUUUUGCAAAUGCAACUAUAUUUUGAUCAAUAAUAGUUGAUUUUACAAAGUUUGGAAAUUUCCUGAAUGGGAUAAUAGAAAUUAUAUACAUAAUAAAAUACAGGGUUCAACGUGAGUUUCUGCAGUAUUGCUAGAGGUGAAAGUACAGGUUAUUCUAAAUUAUAAAAUACAGGGUUUAACAUGAGUUUCUGUAGAUAUUGCAAGAGGUGAAAGUACAGGUUAUUUCUAAGUUGAAAAUGUUCUAUGCACAUAAGUGCUUUGAGACAUUGUUUAGUCAUGAUAUGAAAUUCAAGUGUGGGCGGGCAACAAACGCAACAGCCAGGCUGGGCAGGUAUCCUUGGCAGAGUGUGUUGAUGUGGAUGUCCGUUGGUGAAAUCGUAAAUUAUUCAGACGAUUUCUACAAAUUUUGGGGCUUUACAGUAUCCCAUAAUGAAAUGAGUGGUAUUAAUAGACAGGUGAUUUAUUGAUAAACAUUACCCAAGGUUAGUAUGGUUGUAAUCAAUGAAAAUAAUAUGCUUUGUGGCACCAUGACUGCCUGGGCAGGGAGUAGGGAGGAGCAAAGCUAGGAACAAAUCUGCUAGUUGCCAGUCAGUCACACUCAGUUUCUUGCUGAAAUAGUGACAGGGAAUAUGUUUAGAUUGUAUUGCAUAAGUUUGAGAGAAAAACCACUGCCAGCAAUGCCACACACAGUAAUAUGGAGUAUGUGGACAUGCUGUUUCUCUGCCAUGGUUACCCGUCCAGCCUGGUCAUUGUGAAUGUGUUACCUGCCCACAUCUGAAUUUCAUACCACAACUAAACAAAGCCUCAAAAUGCAUAUCUGCAUUGAACAUUCUCCACUUAGAAUAACCUGUACUUUCCACCUCCAGAAAUAUCUGCAGAACUCUGAGUUACACCCUGUAUACUUUAUAAUCUUAUGAUAGUAGUGUAUCAAACUUUUUUACUUUUUAUUUAUUUAUUAUUAUUAUUUUUAUUUUUAUUUCAUUUCAUUUCAUUUUUAUUAAUUUUUUUACUACAAAAUGAGCAAAUUUGUGGAGAGAUUUGUAUUGGCUGAAUUACAUCUGCAAAUGUAAAACUACUAACUUGUAGGCAGUUUGUUGCAAACAUAAUGACACAGCCAUUAACAGAAUUUGCAGUUUGCAGUGGCCAACUCUACCUGCUGUGCUGUUGCAAUGAUGAAUGAGUAUAUACGUGAUAUCACAACUGUAUCAGGCUGACAAAAAUUAUAUACAUUUUUAUAUUUUGGUAUGGCACUCAUCUCUUUUAUUUCCAUAGUCCUGGGAUACUAAUACUACUCUUCUCUUCAGGUUUUCCUAAGGUUAAAAAAUAAUAGUAAAUAAAUUAAAAUGAGAUUAGCUUCCAAACAGAUGAUAUUAAUUUUACUGAGGUGUCAUGGAAGUUAUAAUCAGCAGUGCACAUAAAACAGAUGUAUUUACAAAUCUAGUAAUCUUGACAAACCCAAGCUACAAAGAAGAGCAUGUGAACAUAACAUGACAGAGGACAGCAGCUCAGAGCAGCAUGCCAGUCUUUAGUUCAGUGGUUGUUUAGUAAAUAGCUGAUGUUCCUUAAGAGCUGUAAGAUAAUGCCACACAGAAGCUUUUCUUCAGCUCACUUGUUUAAGACUCGUUGUUAGGGAAUUAGCAACAUGUCAAAAUGGAGAGAGAGAGAGAGAGAGAGAGAGAGAGAGAGAGAGAGAGAGAGAGAGAGAGAGAGAGAGAGAGAGAGAGAGAGAGAGAGAGAGAAAUCACAAAUAUAAAGAUGUUAACUGAAGAAAAAACAAUAAAAUGAAUAAAAAAAUAAAUAAAA